AAGAAUAUCCAUUCACAAGUUUUGUCACCAUGAAGGUAGCUUUGUUUUCACUGGUGCUUCUCUGCCUGGCUGGGAUGUUGCAUGCUGAAGUCCUGUCCCAGUCUGACGAGAACAGUCUCACAGAAAAUGGACAGGGUUUGGGGAGAAGAUACGCAGAGUCAACCAUCGCCAGUGACAUGAGCAAAAUCAUGGACUCCAUGGUGCAGAAGAAUUUUGUCAACUUCCUGCUCAACCAGAGAGAGAAAAAGAGCAUGUCUAAUGUCACUCCAGAGGAAGAUCCAGAGGCUCGCCUGUACAACAAUCUCCUGAAAAAGCUUACACUGUGCAUUCGCAGCAAGGGACAGAUCCAUGCCAAGUAUAAAGAGAGGGGGACAGUGUUAGCUGAGGAUCAAAUUGUUCAGAUGUCAAAACAGCUGGAGACCUUCAAAUCUAACCUUGAGGAAUUUGCCAGCAAGCACAAACAAGAGAUUCGUAAGAGUUCCCAGUUCCGGGUCCAGUUUCAGGAGAUGUGUGCCACCAUUGGAGUUGACCCACUUGCCUCUGGCAAAGGCUUUUGGUCAGAGAUGCUUGGUGUGGGUGACUUCUAUUACGAGCUGGGUGUGCAGAUCAUUGAAGUAUGCCUGGCCCUGAAACACAGAAAUGGAGGACUUAUAACCCUGGACGAACUCCAUCACAGAGUGUUGAAGGGAAGGGGGAAAUUUGCUCAGGAUGUGAGCCAAGAUGACUUGGUGCGGGCCAUAAAGAAGCUGAAAGUCAUGGGGAACGGCUUUGGGAUGAUUCCUGUUGGAGGCUCUUACCUCGUGCAGUCAGUGCCAGCAGAGCUCAACAUGGACCACACUGUGGUACUUCAGCUGGCUGAGAAGAAGGGCUACGUUUCAGUGAGUGAGAUCAGAGAGAGUCUCAAGUGGGAGCGAGAGCGGGCCUGUCAUGUGCUGGAUCACCUGUUGAAAGAGGGCUUGGCGUGGUUGGAUUCCCAAGCUUCUGGAGAGCCACAGUAUUGGCUGCCUGCCCUCUUUUCUGAGCUGACUUCCCGUGAUGUCACACCUGAGGAGGCCAAUCAGAUAACGCCUUAAGAUAGGAUUUUUGGUAUGUGGGAGGUCUCGGUAACUUCUUGAAGAACAAUGUGUGCCUGUUGGGAAUGUCCUGAAUUGAAAUGGGGUGUAUUUAACUUUUAAAGGGUAGGUACCAAUUAUGUAUAUAAAUCAUUGGUAGGUACCCAUGAUAUUGCUUCCCUUCAGUGAUUGUGGAGAUUAAAACUAGGUUACAAAUGUUGUUUUCUGUGGCAGUUGUCAAUCAUGGAUUUGUUUUUUUAUUUAAAAAAAAUCAUUAUAUUCAAUUACAUUCUAUUAAAACAUCAGAGGAUUUCUUUGCA